GCCAUGUUCAGUUCACAUCACCGACCAAUGUAAAGAGAGAAAUAGCGGCAGUGGACCCAUUAAUGGCAUCAUUCUGCAGUUAUAAAACUCGUGCUCAUCCCUCAACACAAUAGCGAUUACAGAAAAGACAACUAACUAUAAACCUAUAUUCUUCGAAAAGGUUUUUGGCAUACAAACUCUUUGACAUAUUCAAAGAGAUCGAGUGGAUUUUUGUCCAAUUUGAUCAGGGGUCCUCACUCAAUCCUUUUUUCAUCACCUAAAACAUUUAUGGAGAUUUCACAAUUCAGAGGGUUUUCAGAAUUGUCAGGAAUUGAGGACCCUUGUUUCAACUCUCAAUGGCCAUUCAACUCAUUUGAUGAUCAACUCAAUCCAAUGAACAUGGAAGCAGCUGCAUUUGGAGACAUCACACAUCAUCUCUAUAACUCUCAUUCACCUAUUUUUGAUCAUUAUAAACCAAUUUUAGAACCAUCCCCACGACCAACUAAACAGCCCAAAACCAGCAGCUGGAAUUCAUGCAUCACCCCUGAUAACUCCAUGAUGAAUCAUAAUCUACAUUAUGCAAACGAUUCACUUAUCGCAAAUCAAGCCAACCUUGUAACUCCAAAAGAAGAAGGCACUGUAUCUUCCAAAAGAACAUUCGGUUUCGCUUGUGAUUCAAACUUCCAAGCAUCCCAAGUCCAGUUUGGCAACCAAAACCACCACCAUGGUGGCGGCGGAAGCGGUGGGGGAGUGAAACCAACCACCACAAGCAACACCAUUAGAGGACCUGCUACACCUCAAGACCAUAUCUUGGCUGAGAGAAAGAGAAGAGAGAAACUUAGCCAGAGAUUCAUAGCACUCUCAGCCCUAGUCCCCGGAUUGAAAAAGAUGGAUAAAGCUUCUGUUCUUGGAGAUGCGAUCAAGUACUUGAAAACCCUCCAAGAAAAAGUGAAAACACUCGAGGAACAAACAAAGAAGAGAUCAAACACAGAGUCGGUAGUUUUCGUUAAAAGAUACGAGAUUUUAGCUGAGGGUGGUGAAAUAUCUUCUUCCGAUGAGAACUUUUCCGGUGGCCCAGUUCAUGAGCAACUCCCUGAAGUGGAGGUAAGAUUUUCCGGCAAGGAUGUUUUAAUUAGAGUUCACUGUGAGAAAAAGACCGGUGUUGUUGAAGAAACCCUAGCAGAAAUCGAGAAACUUAAUCUUUCCAUCAUCAAUACCACUGCCAUGACCUUUGCUAGCUAUGCCCUCGAUAUCACCAUUGUUGCCCAGAUGGAUCAAGAAUUUACUAUGACGAUGAAGGAUCUUGUCAAGAAUCUACGAAGUGCUCUGAAAAAAUUCAUGUGAACAUCUAGGGUUACUAUUUUUAUUUUCCUUUUUCGAUACUUUUUCCCAAAACGCGGUAUUCUGGUAACCAAGGGCUAACGUUCUCCAUACUUUUGACCAUCGGCACCAUGCCACUUCAAAACUUGUUUGCCAUUGGGUUCAUUUUGCAGGAGGGUUUUUUCUUAAUAUUUUUUCAUGGUUGACUUGUUGACCAUGGUAACAACCCUCCUGUUGUAAAGUAGUAACCUUUAAUGGCUAUACUGAGGCAUUUUUUCGGUAACUUUUUGCCCUUUUCUUAGAGUCUUGAAAAGGGUUUUUUUGAGGAUGGAUGAACAUCUAGACCUUUGUAUCAGUUAAAGUGUUUGGUGAUCAAUGUUUUAGAGGCCUUUCUUGGUCUCUUUUCUUAUGUAAUAUGUUUGUAAAAGCUUGAUUAAUUUGUGGUUAAUGAAUGACAUUCUCUUAAUUUCCUUGAAA